UCAAGUAACGUUACGCCUGCGAGGAACACCGCGUGUUCCAGCUUUGGAAUGGAUUCACGGCAUGUGCUUGAAGAAAAGCACUGGAAUGACACAGAAAAGGUUAUUAAAAAUGUCAGCGCCAGAACAUAUAUGAAAUAUUCUGCAUCAAGCAGCAGAGUAGAUGCGAAGACUUCCACGGACAGAGGGUUGCUAGACCAGACUUCAGAAGGUGACCUUGCCCAGUGAGCCUUGACUGGUGAAAGGUUUACAGCGAAACUGGAUUACAACUUCUUAAGAGCAGGGAAUCCCACUCACUGCCACAACUGCCCAUGUUCCCUCCAUAUCCUGAAUGACCACUUAACCUACUGACUGGUGUCUGAAGCUUAAUGCUCUACUACAGGUUUAUGCGGACGGUGCUGACGAGAACCGCUGCCGACGCUGCGCUGGCUAGGCAGUGAGUGGUCAGCUCAGCUCAGCGGCGCUCGGAGAGCAGUGCCAGGAGGGUUGUGCUGAGACUGCUGAGACGACUGCUACUGCUGCUGCUGCUGCUGCUGCUACUGCUGCAUGACUGAGGAGUGGGAGUGGAAAGGGGCCAUCUAUAUUUACAACAGAUUACCACUCAUCCCCAUGCCCUCCCCAAACACAUCCAGACACAAGGCAGACAGGGCCAGUUAGCAUCUUCAGUGUGAGCUUGGACUGAUGUCUGGUUUAGCUGUAAGACCGUACCCUUGUGUUCCAUGACAAAGGAAGGGAAAAACUCAAAACAGACUUUACUCUAAGUCCAAGAUUACACACAUAAAGUCGGCUCUGCUCUGUUAGAUGUUCUCCUGGUCGUCUGUGUUCUCCGCGGGACCGCAGGUCCUCGACCGGCCCCCUCCUGAGGAGCUGGUGACGCGGAUGCUCAUGCUGGAGCUGACGGCGCUGCUCAAGCACACGGAGAAGCAGCAUCAGGACCGCGUGGCCGCGGCGCAGCGCCGACGCAGCUCCUGCGUGGACUACAGCUGGCUCGCCACGCCGAGGAGGCCGUCUUUCCAGCUCCCCACCAGAGAGUUCCUGGAGUUGGAGGAGCUCUGCGCAAAGAUCCCUCCCUCCCAGUGUGGACCGGUGAUUCUCAGGGUGCGUAACCUCGUGACCGAGUUCGAGCCGGAGGUCGGCGAAGUCUCGCACCUCUUCCGCUCUGUGCUGUGUGCCUGCCUGGACGAGGAGGAGCUGAGGGUCGAGACAGACGGCCCCAACCUCAGGGAACGCGCCCAGCUCUGGCGACGGCAGCACAGUCGGAGCCUGUCGCUCAUCGCCCUGCCCUCUAGCCUCCGAAUCCACCCGCUCUGGAACCCCUUCAAGCCUGGAGGAGACGACCGCACCCCGGAAGUGGAGGAGGAUGGAAGAGGUGGUGUCGCGAGGCCCAUCAGAGCGAGGAGUCUGCCGCAGAUUAGUGUGACAGAGCACAGCGCACCAAACUGAGACUGAGGGAGAAAAGGCCGGUGAAGCAUCAACACAGGAGGAUGACUUGACACACUAUGGAUGACUGACUGGCGCGCGCACACACACACACACAAAGAUUUUCACCAUUAUCAUGGUGAAAGUUCAUUGAAGUCCAUCAUACAAGGUAUGGAUACCAAAAAACUGUAUGUUACUUGUGUAUGUCGAGUAAUUUUGAGUACACUUGUUUUUGUUUUACAGCAAUAUCUUUAUUUGGUUGAAAAUAUUCUGGCAGUAGACUGCUUUGUGCAUAAUGCUGUAAUUAUGAUAUCAGAAGUAAUAUAAGAACAGCUUCACAUUUAUUU